AUGCCCUCCUCUCAUGUCCGUUUCCAGGACAAAGCUUUAAUUCCUCAAAUUUCACUUCGAGCCACCAUCGCAGGACUGAUAAUUGGCUCAUUGGUUCUGAUAUCAAACUUUCAAUUUGGUUUGCAAACUGGAUGGGUUUCUAUGAUGUCCCUACCCUCCGCGCUCUUAGCUUGUGCAAUAUUCAAACAAGUUUGGCCAUUAAUAUUCCCAAAUACAGCAGUUUUUACCGACGUUGAAAACGUAUACGUGCAAUCGGUUGCUGUAGCCGUAGGGACUGGUCCACUCGCCUACGGUUUUGUAGGCGUGAUUCCUGCUAUCGAGAAUUUUCUAACAGCAGAGGAAUCAGGAAAUACAAGGACUCAAGGUGAAGAAUUCUCCUUAACUCAGCUUUUGCUGUGGUCCUUAGCGUUAGCAUUUUUUGGGAUAUUUUUUGCCGUUCCGAUAAGGAAGCAAGUUAUCGUCAGAGAGAAACUACCUUUUCCAAGCGGAAGUGCCACUGCAACUUUGAUUGCUAUUUUAAAUGGUUCCGAAAUUCUUCAGGAAGUUUCUCCUAAGGAACUUGAAGAAAUGAGGGCGAGGCGGCUGAGAGAGUACAGUGAGGUACUGUCAAGUGACAAUAACGCUUUAGCAAGGACAGCAGAGUACAAUAGUACGGUUGAAAGUGAAGGCUCUCCACACAGUUCUUCUCCAGACAAUACUAGAGAGUCGGAUCGAGCCAAAUCAUCCGCUUCUCGGGAAAACUCUUCACCAAUAUACCUUCCUCCAGAGAAUGCUCCUACGUACGAGAAGAAUAUCAAGUUUUUGACCCGCACAUUCCUCGUUUCUUCUUUCUAUACUCUCUUUUCCUACUUUGUUCCUGCUCUCAAGGCGAUUCCUGUUUUUGGAUCAUACCUUUCUGAGACAUACUUAUGGAAUUUUCAGCCAUCUCCUGCAUACAUUGGACAAGGAAUCAUUAUGGGGCUAUCAACUGUUUCAUACAUGCUGUUUGGUUGUAUUUUAGGCUGGGGAAUUCUCGCCCCAAUGGCACGGAGAUUUAGGUGGGUUGAUCCUGAUGCAGAUGUCAAUGACUGGGAGCGUGGUGUCCAGGGCUGGAUUCUUUGGACAUCUUUAGCCGUGAUGGUAGUUGAUUCUGUUGUUGGUUUUGUCGUUUUCACUACAAAAUCCAUUGUCGGGUUUUGCCUGCGGGAUGACAAAAGAGAUCUUCUUGAAUCAUUACUAGAUGACUCUAUGGAAUCAAUGUUAUUAGAAGAGGAGAGAGUCUUGAAUGGUAGCACUUCUAUGGAAAGGCGAGGCAGCACCGUGAAAUUGGUAAGUACGGAGCAAGAUCACGAGGUAGACUCUCGUCACUUGGUGAAGUACACAACUGUAAUCAGUGGUUUGAUAGUCUCAUCACUUAUCUGUGUUGUGUGCAUGAUAUAUUUGUUCGGGAUUCAUGUUAUACCUCUAUAUUCGAUGAUUAUCGCCUUAAUACUCGCAUUAUUCCUUUCUGUACUAGCGGUAAGAGCACUUGGCGAAACGGAUCUUAAUCCCGUCAGUGGAAUUGGGAAACUUUCUCAAUUAAUAUUCGCUUUGCUUAUCCCUAACGACGCGAAGGGAGGUGUGCUUCUGAACUUAGUAGCAGGAGGGAUUGCGGAAGCAGGUGCCCAACAGGCAGGUGAUUUGAUGCAAGAUCUGAAAACUGGUCAUCUUUUAGGUGCAUCACCCAAAGCACAAUUCGUUGCACAAUUGAUCGGAGCUUCCUGGUCCGUGGUGUUUUCGAGCGUGAUGUAUAUUUUUUACAACAAGAUCUAUGACAUUCCUAGCAGUCAGUUUCGCAUACCAACAGCAGUUAUUUGGAUUGACUGUGCGCGUUUAGUGACUGGCAGAGGACUACCGGACAUGGCCAUGGAGUGUUCGAUUAUAUUGGGAAGUGUAUUUGCCAUCUUAUCGCUUGUAAAGAAUCUUUACCGCGACCGUGGUUACAAGUGGUUACUCUGGAUUCCUUCAGGUGUUGCUGUUGGAGUCGGAAUUUACAACUCUCCUAGCUUUACGAUAGCUAGGUUUAUUGGAGGUUGCAUUGCAUACAUUUGGUUACGUACCCAUCACGGCGACGGGUCUGCAAAAACAAAUAUGAUUGUUUUCAGUUCCGGCCUUGUUCUGGGAGAAGGGAUCUGUAGUAUCUUCAACAUGAUAUUUACUAGUGUAGGCGUACCUCAUCUAUAG